GCCCUUGUGGUUAAAGUAGUGAACGCCCACUCCCGUAGCUUGUUCUAUUAUACAACGUGCUGCUGUGUAAUCCGGGCAGGGUAAAAGGGAAACGGUGUCCAGAGAGGGUCGUGUUCGGGAGAGAUCGCCAUGUCGUUCUGUUCGUUCUUUGGCGGAGAGAAGUACAAAGAUCACUUCGAGAACGGAAUAUACGUGUGUGCCAAAUGUGGCUACGAGCUCUUCUCCAGCCGCACCAAGUAUGAACACUCGUCGCCGUGGCCGGCCUUCACAGAGACCAUCCACGAGGACAGCGUCUCCAAAUAUGUGGAACGGCCCAAUGCUCUUAAGGUCUCCUGCGGGAAGUGCAGCAAUGGACUAGGUCAUGAGUUUUUAAAUGACGGACCAAAGAAGAACCAGUCCCGCUUCUGAAUAUUCAGCGACUCGAUUAAGUUCGUCCCCAAAGACAAAGUCGGCGGGGGAGCGGAUCGAGCCUAAAGCCCGCAAAUGUAUUAAACGGGGAUGUGCUGAACCUUUCCUGACGGUCCAUCAGCGGAUGAAUCGGCUGUGAUAAACCCUUACCGGACGUCUCGGCUGAAGAUUAUACCUGCUGGCAUCAGAUGUGGUUCAGGGCCUCCUGCUGGACGCACCCACAAUGCACCUGCAAUACGAAUGUAGCAAUAGCCGCCAUAUGGUCACUUCACAGUUUUCCCAUAAUUGCUUUUUUUUUUUCUGCCAAUUUGAUACAAGAUAAUUUAUUAGUGAACACUGUUCCCAAUACCUGUGCGCCAAACAUUUGUUGUCGGAAUUUCUGACAACAAAUUGUCCGAUAGAGCUUACAGACAGUCGAAUUAUCCGACAACACGUCCAUCAGACAAUUAUUGUCGGACUAUCGGAUCGUGUGUGGCCUUUAGUAGGUCCUGAGGACAGGCGUCAAAACACUGUUCUAGAGGAAUCUCACAAGUAUGGUCUACAUGACAUACUUGGAACUCUUCUUUAAUGAAAUAGUGACAAUGGUUGUGAUUUUAAUGGUAAUUGUGUGUUUUUAUCAUGAUGAAAUGCUUCCAAAUUAUUAUAGAGAUACUUUGGUGGGAAAUUGAAAUCUCUGAACCAAA